AUUUGGGAUUUGACUCUGGUUUCUAUUCACGUUGCGUUCUUGUGCUCAUUAAUGAAAAUAUGUAAUACAUAAUCAAUAUGUGCCUGAUGUUGUAGCAGCAUUUUUUGGAGAUACAGUGGAGAAAUGGCUGGAGGAUUUGUGGCUGGAGGAGUAUCGGAAAGGGCUCAUCUUUAUGAGUAUAGAAUAACUGGAUAUUUCAUCUUUGCAUGCAUCGUUGCGGCUCUUGGAGGUUCUCUCUUUGGUUAUGAUCUUGGUGUUUCAGGUGGGGUGACUUCCAUGGAUGAUUUCUUGAAAGAGUUUUUCCCAAAAGUGUAUAGAAGGAAGCAACUACAUCUCAAAGAGACAGAUUACUGUAAAUAUGACAACCAGAUUCUCACUCUCUUUACUUCCUCCCUAUACUUUGCUGGUCUUGUUUCUACGUUUGGUGCCUCAUAUGUUACCAGAAACAAAGGUAGGCGAGCUAGCAUCAUCGUUGGAUCAAUCAGCUUCUUCUUAGGAGCAGUCCUAAAUGCAUCUGCGGUUAACAUAGCCAUGUUGAUCAUAGGAAGAAUCUUCCUUGGAGUAGGCAUUGGAUUCGGCAAUCAAGCAGUUCCUUUGUACCUAUCAGAAAUGGCUCCUGCGAAAAUUCGAGGCGCGGUUAACCAACUAUUUCAGUUGACAACCUGCUUAGGAAUCCUAGUGGCAAACUUAAUAAACUAUGGAACUGAAAAGAUCCAUCCAUGGGGCUGGAGAUUGUCACUUGGUUUGGCUACAGUUCCAGCAACUCUCAUGUUCAUUGGGGGAAUCUUCCUUCCUGAGACUCCGAACAGUCUUGUGGAACAAGGCAGAUUAGAUGAAGGAAGAAGAGUACUUGAGAAAGUUAGAGGAACCAUAAAAGUUGAUGCUGAGUUUGCUGAUUUGAUUGAUGCCAGCAAUGCAGCAAGAGCCAUACAACACCCUUUUAGAAAUCUCCUCCAAAGGAAAAACCGUCCUCAGUUCGUUAUUGGUGCUCUUGGAAUUCCUGCUUUCCAACAGCUCACUGGCAUGAACUCCAUACUCUUCUACGCACCAGUAAUAUUUCAGAGCUUAGGUUUUGGCUCAGGGGCAUCUCUGUAUUCCUCUGUGAUUACAAGUGUAGCCCUUGUUAUUGCCACAUUCAUUUCAAUGGGGUUUGUCGACAAGUUUGGCAGAAGAGCUUUCUUCUUGGAAGCUGGUUGCGAAAUGAUAUGUUGCCUGAUUGCUGUGGCCAUAACUCUAGCUCUCAAAUUUGGACAAGGAGAGACUCUUCCCAAGGGAAUUGGCAUCUUCCUAGUGAUUCUGAUAUGUAUAUUCGUUUUGUGUUAUGGAAGGUCUUGGGGGCCUCUAGGGUGGCUAGUGCCGAGUGAGCUUUUCCCAUUGGAAACAAGAUCAGCUGGUCAAAGUGUGGUGGUGUGUGUGAACCUACUCUUCACAGCUCUUAUAGCACAGUGUUUCUUAGCAUCUCUUUGCCAUCUUAAAUAUGGAAUCUUUCUGCUCUUUGCUGGGUUGAUAAUCAUUAUGAGUAGCUUCAUCUACUUCCUCUUGCCAGAAACAAAGCAAGUCCCCAUUGAAGAGAUAUAUCUUCUGUUUCAGAACCAUUGGUUUUGGAAAAAUUAUGUCAACGAUGAUGAUGAUGGAGUACUUGACGAUAUGCCUAAAGUUGGUGGAAAUAAUUAAUUAAGCCAUGUUAUGUUCAUCAUUUUUCAAGGACAAAGGAUUUUGCGUCCCAACUUUCUUAUUAUUACUAAAACUAAAUAGUAAUUAUUCGUGGUAUAUAGUAGUCAUAGUAAUAAUGACCAAAUCUUUUAUUUUUUUCUUAAUUUCUACUCUAUUUUUCAAUAAGGAUUGUAUAGUUUAAUUUCUA